UUUCAUCUUGGAGCGUAUAUCUGACGUCACUUGACGAUGCUUGACGUCAUAGAAUGACGUGGGCUAUGACGUGUUUUAUCUCAUUCUCAAGAUAUGUGCGCCAUUGUUGAGCGUUGAUGCUUCGUUGCCAGCAAGGGGUGGCCUAAAUCGAGUGGAAAUGUGUAUUCACAAUUAUUUUAGACCUUGCCAUUCACAGUUGUCUACAAACCGAAAGUUCAUGUCGCCCCAAGAAAGACGCUUGCGACCUUGGCAAUGCCUAGAGAUGUGGCGGCAUACAUUUGCUCCCUUUUGCUCUCGCUAGCCUUCUGCGCCGGUCUUUCUAAGCAGCAGCAGCAGCCGCAAGCUCCGCUACUCAGCGCCAACUCCAGUUCAGCUGUAGACAAGUCGAGAGUGAAUCAAACAACAGCAGCAACCCCGGUGGUGCAAGGUCCUGCUAAGGUGCAGGUGGGCUCAGCAGCAAUCGUUACGUGCAGCGUCAAUGUGUCCAUGGAACUCCAUGAGGACUACCACGUCAGGUGGGACACCACGUCCCUCAAGACUUCUAUUUUUGAGGCAAAUAGCACCAGGACUGCCACUGGCUACCUCCUGGUUCUAACGAUUCAUAGUGCAGCUGUGGGAGACCUUUUCGACAAACCUGUACUCCUCUGUAUCAACGAAGGUCCAUUAGACAAGGUGAACGCUUCUUGGACGCCACAAGCAAUAGCACCUCCUCAGAUGCCUGUCAUCGCUGGACCAAAGAGUCUACAGAAGAACACCAACAUCACUGCCGCUUGCAGCACCAGAGGCGCGCUGGGAAUGAAACCGGAUGUGACGUGGUUAGAUGUUGGUAACAACAACGUGACUGCAUAUGAAACAAGUGGUGUGCUGACAAAUGUGACGAUAGAGAAGAUACCUUACUGGAACGUUACAGCCUUUCUGCAACCAGCCCUCGACGGUGUCGUGGGCAAUAAAACAUAUGUGUGUCAGGUGACUCACUCGGAGACAGAAUCCGUCUUCAAAAAAGAGUACACGUUUGAGGUUAGGGACGACGUGUCGAAUGGGACGAGUUCGGGGGAUGUGUCAAAUGGGACGGCAGACACGAAGAACUCGGGUCGGGGUGAGGGUGCUAGAGAAUUUACCGAGGGCUUAUCUUGGUUACUUCGCCGCGUAAAGCGGACACCCGGCAGUGAAGAUGACCCCACGGAUGACAAUAACGAUUUGUCUUCGCAUGCCAACGAGACUUUUAAUGGCAUGAAGGAAGUGGACAAUAUCACCAAUGACGUGGAAAUCCCAUUUUUGAAACCAGAAAAGCUGAAGAAUGAUUUGGGCUCUCCAACGUCCAAGAGGUCCUUCCAACCCAACAGUCUAGUUGUUUGGUCGCCGGAUAAGUACCAGGGAACAAAACAUGUCUACACGAUCAUAGGCGUUGUGUUUCUCUCAACUCUGGUCAUCCUCGGAGUGGUUACUUACCUACGGCGCAACAACGCCAACUGCUACUGCUGCUGACUUCUCUGUUUUGGUGGUUCGGUUCUCACUCACCAGGCCACUGGACGUCAUACGGUCUUUACAGUGGACGUUUCCUUGUCCACACCCAGGUCACUCUGCAAACGUUUGUGCCACUCAGCGAUCGUUGUCAAAGCUGAUGAGUGCGUUGUGCGAAUUUGACCUUGUUUCUCUCUAUAGACUGCGCCUGGACUUUACAAACUUCAUCAAAUGUGAUGUGAAGAGACUCAGAUGUAUUCUUAGGACCUUGUUCACUCCGAUAUGUAUGUAUAUGUUUUUAUUUUGUUUAAACAAUAGCUUGAGGAAACAUAGAGGUAUGUACAAAUUGUUUUUCUGUACAUCUAAGAAUUUCCAAGAAAGUGCAGCAAAGCGAAAUAUUGGACAUAGCAGUUGCCUCAAGGAAAUUUUCCUCAACCAUGAGAAAAUGACGUUUGAUUACUUGCUUUCUUCCUCCUAGCUGUUCUUAUCUUGGUUAUUAUUACUAGUAGCAGAAGUAUUACUAGUAUUAUUAUUGUUUAGAAGUAAUGAAUUACCAAAGCUUAUACAACCUUUAUGUUGUAAUUUUUAUAAUAUUGUUACGUAUUCCGUUCAUUGGUAAGCCUGUAUAUAGUUCAUACACUAAGCAUUGAAGUUAAUAGUCUAUUACUUUAUUUAAUUUCAUAAGCACACUCUUUGCUUAGUGCUUUACACGGAAUUUUUGUAUACUUAUUCACUCGUCUUGUGUAAUUCCUUUUGCAUAAAAUUAUUUUAGGCUGAUAUAAGCGUUUUAUUUUAUGUUUUAUCAAAUAUUGACGCCUUUUGCAGAUUUUCUAUAUCUGGUUUUCUUUCUUUGUGUUAUAUCUGGAAUUUCGCUUUGUUUGUGUUUCUUUUUCUUUUUUCUUUUCUU